AUGCCGGAGACACUCAAUGAACCCAGCGGCCCCAGUUCCGCCUCGGAACAGGAUGCCAUCGCAUCGCAGGCGACAGUGUGCGAUACUCAAGAGUCGCACGAUUCGGAUCUGCUGCGCCAGGAAUCGCUGCCACUGCUGGACACCGGCUUCGCCGCUGUGGUGCGUAAGCGGCGGUGCGAGCAUCGUACGCCGAGGCGCCGGCACUACCAGCACAAAUCGCAGCGUGUGUCGUCGGUGAUGCUGGAUUCGCUGAACUUGGCGUCGAUCAGGAGUAACACGUCGAACUCUUUCUGCAGCGUCCCCAGCACCGACCAGGGAGGCCAGUUCUGUUCGAUUUCUGACCGCGCGUGUUCGAUAUCGACGUUGGAGAGCACGAUUUCCAACGAGAGCGACGGCGGCGUGUCUGGGAGCGCAUCGCCGCUCGUCGCCUACGCCAGCGUGGAUGAGGGCGCUGCAGGCGUCGCCGCCGCCUCGUCGCCUCCUCCGGUCGCGGUUGAGGGCGGAUCGGCAGUGGCGCCACGGUCGGACUCGAUACAGAGCCGGCUCAGCACCGAUAGAGAUGCGCCGCUGGCAGUAGUCGAUGAGGUUGAUGCCCCUGACUCGCGGGACGUCAGCGCACCGAAUCAGGCGGUGCGCCAGCUGACGCUGCAGAGCCUGCACACGUCGUCCGCCGUGGGCGCAGACCGCCAGGGAGCUAAAGUGGCCGUACAGGAUCGCGACGAUUCAGGCUACGUGGAAUCGGAUUGCGAGGGUUACUGCGUGCCUACUGGGUCUGGCGGUGCGGAUCAGGUGCCCGCCACGGAGCUGCCUCAGCAGUCCACCGAUGAGCCGCCAACUUUGGACAUCUCGAGCGUCGUGGACGCCGCCAAGGAGCGCACCGUGGUCGACGACGGCCGUUACACAUAUUCCCCCGAGGCGCAGUUAGGCGUGCUACGUUUGUUUUCGCACCAGGGCGGCAACGCGUCGCGGCAGACGGAGAACCCGCCCAUCCCGCCGCGCAUCGUGAUAAACAAGUCCCCCUUUGUGUUCGGCAGUGAUGCGUCGUGUGACGUCACAUUUGACCGUGACGUCCACCGUCACCUGUGCGGCCGCCAUUGCAAGAUCGUUUUCCACAAGUGCGACACUGCGGCCGAUGCGCUGCGUUCGACGGGCAUCGCCUCCUACCGAGUCGAGGUUGUGAAAAUGAACCCCGAAGCCACCGUCUUCGUCAACAACGUGCCUUUGCGCAGCAGGGCGACCCUGCGCAACGGCGACGUCCUGAUGUUCGGCCCCAAGCGGUUCGGUGUGAGCUUUACCGUCGCGUUCCGCACCCGCGAGGCGUGCGUGGCCCUCAUGGACCAGCUGAACUCGUUGAUGCUGACGCCGUCCAACGAAUCGCGUCUACGGCGCCAGGCGCUCACACCGACCCACAGCAGCGGUCAGUCCAGUCUGCAGCUGGCGUCCGUGGAGCCAAGCAGCCGCGAUUUGGACCUGGAGCUCCACACCAACGUGGCCGUUUUCGAGCUGUACUACGGUGAGCCCGCCAUAGAGGGCGCGCUAUCGCAGGACUGGGACGUCACCCCGAGCGUGUUCACCCCGCAUGCCGACUGGCCCAUGAGCCAGCCGUCGCCGUCCACCAUUCGCAGCGAAUUGAGCUACCUGGGUGUCAGCACGUACCCGGAAUCGCGCGCCAGCUCGCGGAUGGCGUCACCCGGGAGGGACAGCAGCACCCGUCACGGCACCCUGUUCGGCGGCGGUACCGGAUGCGCGGGCUCCGAGGUGUUCGAGAGCCCCUCCCCCUAUCGAUCGCUUCGCCGGAACAUGGAGUCGUGCAAGAUCGUGCACACGGAGCUGAACCCGCAGGACUUUGAGGACGACUCGCUGACGGGGAAGCUGCUGCUGAGCACCUACACCACCGGCCUCGACCCGGACCUGGACGCCGCCGAGUCAAAGCCGCAGUCGACCAAAAGCCGUGUUGACAACGAGUCCGAGAUGCGUCUGAACGCAGCCAAGGUGGCCAAAUUGCGCUCGUUCAACCGCACGUCGGUUCCCAUCGUGGUCGACAGCUCGCGUUCGCUGAGCUCCGACGACGAGAGCCCGUGCCUAACGGUUGCGAAGCUGCGGUUUCUGGGCACCAUCAGCGCCACUUACCAGACGACCCUCCUGGAGCUGAUGCCAUCGAUCGACGGGAUGCUGCAGAGCUACAUGGACCAGUCGCCUACCGCCGCGAUGCGCUCGCUUUCGGACUACGAGUUCUUGCUCAAGCGGUGCGGCGAUUCCAUCUCGGAGGAGCACUACCAGCACAACUGGGUGUUCCAGCUUGACUUCUUCGACCGCGACGACCCGCUGUUUCGCCGCGCCGUCUACGCGUCGCUGCGCCGCAACGAGCCAGACAGGGAACGGCUGCGCGCAUCGGUCAGCGCCGCCAUAGAGCAGCUGAAGCGGUCGCGCGUGCUGUACAUCCAAACGCGUGUAAUUUAA